AUGAAUAAGCUCCUUGCCCCAGUACGCAAUUUCACGGUCGCUAUUGGAAGUAUCUGCAAGUAUCCAAAGAAUUAUCCAGUGUUGUGCCCGAAGAUUUUCCAAAGGAAAAUAGCUAAGAUUUAUGUACCGGACAACUUUGAUGAGUGCUCUUAUGUCAACGAUCUAGCAAUAAUGGAAUUGGAAACUCCCGUAUCCGAAGUGCUAGCAACGCCGAUUUGCUUACCAAACAAGUUUCACGAAGCUCGCCACUACGCUUCAGCAAGCUGGAAUUGGAUUUAG